AUGGAUGAAGAGAAACUUUUAAACUAUACGAGUCGCAGUAACAGCAUCAAUAAUAUACCAUACAGUAACUUUAUUUUACCCAUGUUAAUAAAAAGAAAAAUGAUUAACGAUUUAUAUGAUGAUAAUAUUAAUGAAGAUGAAAAUAGGGGAGGUGGAGUAUAUGAAAGGAAACGAGCUAGGAAAAGUUUAUAUGAAAACUUUGAACUUUUAAAAGAACAAAAAUUAGAUGAAGAUGAUAUAUGUAUAGAUCAUUUUAAAGAUAUGGAAAAAUAUACUGAAAAAAUUUGUGAAUUAAAAAAUAUAUAUAAUUUUUUAUUUAAUAAUGUUAAUAUAGAUUAUAAUAAUUAUGAUAUUUUAUAUGUCAAUAAAAAAUUUUGUACUAUCAAUUGUAAUAAUAUAACUUAUAAUAAGAAUAUAUUUAUAGACAAUUUUAUAUACAACUUAUUCAAUUAUCACAAGAUAGCUAAAGGUAAUACACAAAAUGAUGUAAUUAAAUAUGGAAAAGGAAAUAUAUAUAAUGUUGCACAUGAUGUUUAUAAUAAUAAAUAUGUAAAAAAGAAAAAAAAUAUUGGUAGAAGAUACCUAAAUUGCAUAUCCAAUCAAAUAUUAUAUAUUGAUGAUUUAUCAAGACAUGAUAUUUUAUUAUUAAUAUCUUUUUUUAUUCAAUUACAAAAUGAACAAAAAAAAAAUGAAAAAGAAGAAAAAAAUUUAGAAAAUAUUGCAAACAUUAAUGAAAUCAAAAUGAAUAUAUAUUCGUUAAAUGAUAUUUAUAAUUAUUAUUAUAAAGAAAAAGUUUAUCAAUGUUUCACGUGUGGAUUGAGAUUUAUGACUAGUAUGGACAAAUUAAAUCAUUUAGAAAAUCAUUACAAGAAAAGCCAAUUUUAUCUGAAUAAUUCUGAAAGAACCUCUUUUACGAAAAGUAAAAAAAGAUUUCUUUAUUUAGACCACAUAAAUUUACCUAUAGAAGUUUUUGUUUGUAAAAAUUAUUCCAUAUUUGAAGAUUUUUAUGAUAAUGUAGUAACCAAAAACAUGGCUUCGUUUAAUUUCCAAGGUUCUCAUAUAGAGCAACAAAUAUUGGAUGAUAAUAAAGAUAACGAUAAUUAUCAUAAUGAUAAUGAAAAAAUAUAUUAUGAAAAAGAAGACAAAAAAAAAGAAGAAAGUAAAAAUUAUGAUAGUUUAUAUUCCUAUCUUCAUAUGAAAAUACAUACGCAUCUUAAUAAGGAUAGAAAUCUAGAAUCAUUUUUUAAUAAUAAUACAAAAAAUAUACAAGAAAAAUAUAAUGUUUACAAUAUGUUAUCAUAUAAUAAUAAUGUAGCUAACUUAUUUAAUUUUAAAAAAACAUAUAAUAAUAUAGAUAAUUUUUUUCAUAAUAAGGAAACAAUACAUAAUAUGAUCAAUCCUAAUAUGGUAGUAGAUAAAAAUAAAAAUAAAAAAAAUAUUUUAAAUGAUAGGGAAAAAGGUAGUAAUGAAAUAAAUUUCUUUGAUUAUAUUUAUGGAAAUGAAAAUACAUAUGAUGUUUACUUAUCUAAUUAUUAUACAGUAAUUGAAGAUAAUAGUGUUUUAAUAAAUUAUAUUAAUGGCCCAACUAUGUAUAGAAAUAUUAUGAAAUGUCUAGAAAUUAAAGAUAUAUAUAAUUAUAAAUUUCCUUCAUGGAUACCUAAAAGAAGUUUAAAUAAUUUUUUUAUUAAACGAAUUAAUGAAAUAGAUAAGGAUCUUAUGGGUAUUCAAAAGAAGACAAAUAUAUUUACAAAUAUCUUAUCUGGUAGGACUCCUAGUAAUACCUUUCCUCUUAAUUCAUAUAACAUACAAGAUGAUCUUAUUAUUAAUAAUAAUGCGAAUAAUAAUUUAAAAGGGAAAAAUAAAAAAAAAAUUAAUAUAAUAAACAAAAACAACUUGUGGAAUAUUUGUACUACUCAUGAAUUUUAUAAUAGUAAAGGUUUGUGUCCAAUUAAUGUUUUCUUAAGUUAUCAAAAGGAAAAUACUCUGGAUCAUCAAACAGAAAAUAGUGAUAAAAAUGAUCAUGAUGAUAAAAAAGAAUCAAAUAAUUACCCUUUGCAGAAUUCUAUAUGUACACAAGAAAGUGUCGAAAACAAUCAUGUAUUAUAUUCCUUUCUAAAUAUUUUUAAUCAAAAGUAUUUUUCACAGACAGAUAUUUUUAAAAAUAUAUUACUCUUUCAUAUAAGGAAACAUUAUUUUAUGAUAAUAAAUGAGCUUAAGGAUAAUAUCGAUUUUAAUGAAUUACAUACACGAUUAUUUCAGUACAUAUAUAAUAAUUACUCUAAGACGAUAUCUAUAUUUAAUAUAAAUAAUUAUAAAAUAGACACCUGUUUUUUGUGUAAAGAAAACUUUUCUUUCGAAUACUCCUAUGAAUAUAAUGAUUUUUAUUAUACGAAUGUUAUUUGUGUGGAUUUAAAAAAUGUAUAUGAAAAUGAUGAUGUGGAAGAUACAGAAGAGGACACAAACAAACAUUACGAUAUUGAUAUGAGUAUAAAAAGAAUUGAUUAUAUGUGUGAUGAAUAUGUUUAUAAUAAUAAUAGUUAUGAUAUUAUGGAUAAAUGUUUAUAUGAAAAACAUAAAGAAUUAAAUGAAUUGUUGCAUGAAAAUAAUAAAGAAAUGUCUGAUGAUGCUUUAACGCAGGUAGAAUUAUUGAAUAACAAAAUGGUUAAUAACGAAAUUAAUGAAUGCUCCAACCAUAAUAAUAUAAAGAAUGAAAAUAACAUAAAUCCAUAUGAUAAUAUAAAUAUUAAUAAUAUAUUUACUGAUAUCAAAAAAAUUAUAGAUGAUAAUUGCUUCCUUGGAAAUACAAUAAUCGAAUCUAAUAUGGAUUGUAAUUUUCAUAUGAAUAUUAUAAAUAAAAAAAAUAAAAAAAAAGAUCAUAUCAUGAAUCAUUAUAAUAAUUUAUUUAGAAAUUUAUGUAUCCCAUAUGAUACAUUAGAUAUAUUGCAUAGAAUUAAAAAGGGUGACAUAACAGGUAAGGCAAAUAUGACAACAAAUAAUUUUAUUAAUAACACAACAAAAGAUGAAGGAUAUAUAAAUGAAGAAAUAGAUAAUUUUGUAAAAAAUUAUGAUAACAUAACAAAUGAUAUAAAAAAUGCAGUAUUUCAAAAUACUUACCAAAAUAGAUCUAAAUCAAAAAAUAAAAAUUCUUUUAACGAUAUAAUUAUGAGUUAUAUAUAUAAUGAUGAAAAUAAAAAAAAGGAGCAUAGCAAUAUUUUUUUCCCAUCUAAAAAUUAUACUUAUACAAACUUUACAUAUUUCCAUAUACAGUGUUUUAAAAAUUAUAUAGAAUAUAAUAUACUUCCAUAUUACUUCCUUACAAAAUUAAAUGACAAAUAUUUUAAAAAUAUAAUAUUGGGAGCAAUAACUGAUUUAUAUAAUUCGUACAAAAAUAUAUGUAACAAGAGAAAUAAUAGAAACCUUAAAAUAAGUAACGUAAAAAAAGUGCAAAUUCAUAAAAGGAGACACUUUUAA